CUGCCGUCGGAGCAAAGCUUGAAGUAGCUAAAAGCUCGCAGCUAAGCUAACUACACUCUUCUCCUCGCUGGGAUCGAGCUGCUUCGAGUUUAAAACUAAAAGGUUAAAAGUGCCGACGUUUGUCUCGCUGGUGAAGAGCCGGUCUUCAAACAGGUUGACUGUCCUAGUCGACUUGAUCACCGUGGUUGUGUCUCUCCGGGUGUGGGUGAGACUGGCUCUGUGCCAGUCCUCUGUAGAUGAAGAUGUCCCUGGUCCAGCGAGUGCUCCUCUCGUGGAGCUUCGCCCUGAUCUUCCUCAUCAUGCUGGUCCUCAAGCUGGACAAUAAGAUCCACUGGAACUGGUUUCUUAUCUUCCUCCCCGUCUGGACCUUUGACACCAUCCUCAUCCUCAUGCUGAUAGUGAAGAUGGCGGGGCGCUGCAAGCCUGACUUUGACCCCCGCGAUGGCGAGCAGAGCCUGAAGAGGAGGUUGUGGUACCUGACGGCCCUGCUGCUGAAGCUGGCCUUCUGCCUGACGCUGUGCUCCCGCCUGGAGAGGCUCGCUGAGAUGUGGGUCAGUGUGGUGUGUGUCCCUCUGUGGGUGCUGCUGGGUGGGGCGCUGGUGGAGCUGGGACACAGUGUUUUCCACUACAGGAGGGAAUGAACCAAAGGACCGUUGAAGUACAACACAGGUGACACAACUUUAUGCUCAAGUAUCCCUCGGUUGGGAUGCACCAAUCUGAUCUACUGGAUUGGUAUCGGGGCGAUACUGACCUUCUGAUGUGGAUCGGGUAUCAGACAUGACCGAUCCACAUUUACUGCUGUUUCUUUGUUCAUGUGCACUGAACAUGUGCUUUAAGUUGGUUAAAUCACAGCAGCUGCAGACGUAAUGACAUGCAGUAGGGGCACAGUUUGGCAUCUUUAGAAUAAUUCCAGCCUUCACAUCACCUUCAGGCUCAACAAGGAUAAUAAGAGUUUUAUUUUACAUAAGCUAGACCGGUAAGACUGGGUUUAAGGAGUUAAGCAGACACACAUGAUCUGCCAUUGUCCUAAAUCAGUUACUUGUUACGCUAAAUGUUGGUCUUCAGUUCACCUUUAACUGUGGGAUCCUCAGACACUGAAACUAUCAGUGUAUUAACGGUAUGAAAUUAUCCACUAAGCCAUAUAUGUUUGUGAAAUCAUGGACGAAGAAACCUCACAACUUCCAUGUGUGAUGGUACGCACGCGAUGUAUUGGACUGUUUUGUCAGUUUCCAUCCCUCUGCCGCGGACACUAUUUGAAUGUAAAUCCAUAACUUCCUCCAACUAUAUAUCAACUGUUGUGGCAUCAUAGUUCAUGACAACCGAUGCAAUAGUUCUCAGUAUCGGACCAACGUUAUCAUCUCAUGUUGCCGAAAAAAAGACAAAUACUGAAACUUUACUAACAUGAAAUGCGGUAGAGACAUUAAAACUAAGUCAAUGUGUUUGAACCAUUUAUUGAGAGGUUCUCAUCAGAGUAUAAAUCACACUACCAAGUCUUAUCUUAGGAAAUAAAAUGUAUUUACAACAAAAUUUUCACAAACAUUGGUUUGAAAUAAAAACAGACAAAUGAUAUAAAUAAGUUCUAUGGAAAAUAAAACUUGUCUUACAAAAAAUAUAUGCAAUUUCUGUAUACAUUUUCUCACAUUGGUGCUAAUAACAUCUAUACUGUACAGUUUUGGUACAUACAGUAUCAUAUACAGCCCUGUGUGAUUCAACCAACGUCCAGUCUGAAAACAACUACUUGCUCCGGUUUUGGAGUGCUUAUAAACAACAAACCUCAUCUACUAAAGCAACGUGGCGAAGAGGAUUUCAACGUAUGUAUGAACAUAUGUAAUUCCUACAGCGGGGAGUAAGGAUGGUUGUUUUCAGAUUGGUUAGUCCAGUACCUAAAAUAGGUGCUUUAAGAGCGAAGCUAAGUAGUGCACAGGCACUGACACAUGGGUCACAUAACAUUUUAUAUAGAGCCUACAUACAUUCGCUAACAAACGUGAAGUGAGCUACUUAGCUUACAUUCUUAGGCCCUGAUAAAAUACUUGGAGAGUGCAUCCUUUUUUUCACUACCACACUGGAGUAAUGUGGCUGUGACAUUGGUGACGACGUCAAUUACACAUUUAGAAAGCCCAGUUUACGUCUGAAGGAAGGAUGCAUUUUCAAAUACUUUAACAAAAGCCUCAGCGUAAGUUGUACAGUAAAAAAAGAAGACUAGACGUCUAGACAUUCAUAUUAAGAAGUCUUUCUGUGUUUGGGGGGUGUGUGUUUUUAGGGGCUGUUUUAACGAGUGCUGCUGCGGCCGAGUGUCCUGUAGGGGUGUGCCAGGUUUCCCCUGCACUGUGUCCUUUACUUUUGGACCUUUAGAGGGCACAACUGUCCGAUUGUCAGAUCCGGGCUUGGAGGAAGAGCCUCUAGAGUCACUGUGGUGGUGGGUCUUAGGCCGACUGUCUGUGAAGGAAAGGGCCAGAGUUCGGUGAGCCUCCAUCGGCUUAAAGAGGUCAAAGGUGAUGAGUGUCCGUGGUGGUUUGUGUUCUGGUGGCGCAGGACCAGACUUCUUCCUCUCCUCUUUACUGUUGAUGUCUUUCUCCUUCUUUCCAUCCUUCUUAACCUGAAUAUUUGCAGGUUUGGGAAUGCCCGUUUUCCCGUCCUCUCUGCCUGACUUUGCCUGCACCCCCUGUGUGCUCGACGCGUUGCCCUCUUUGCCCUCCCUGUGACCGCUUUUCUCCUUCUUCCCGUGUGAAGACUUGUGUUUAUGCAAACAGGCGUCCCGGGCCUCCUCUCUGUUUGGUCGUAAGAGGGACGCCCCCUGCGCUCCUCCCCGGUCUUUAUCGUGCUCCUUCUCUCUCUUGACGUGGGGUUGCGUCUUUAAGUCCCACUCCUUGGCCCACUUCUCGUCUCUCUGUGCAGGCAGGGAGGUUUGAGAGGCUUUGCUGCCCUCUCUUGUCCGCUCCUCAUCCUCUUUUUUCCUCACCUGCGUUAUUGUACCACCCUCUCUUCCUCCCUCAGCCUUAACUUUCUCCUGCUCUCUCACCCGGUCCUUCUCUCUAUCUCUGU